UGCUGAGGAACUUCCGACUACAUGGAUCCUGAGAUCUGCCUGCAUAUGAAGGAACCGCCGCAGAACUCCGAGCGAAGCCUCCAGAUCACCACCACCACCGCCGCCGCAGCCGCCUGGUACGUUCUGGGUAUGUUGCUCGGCCACGGGCGCGCGGCGGAGCACUCUGAUCUGGCUUGGAGUUUUAGGCUGUUUCAACCUACACCGGACUUCAUUCGCUAUCUCUGCUCAAUACCUAAUUCUCCUCUCCGACUCGCUGAGGAUUUCUCUGUCACGAUUUCUCGAAUAGGAGCUGCUGCAUUGACGCAAUUCACCGGCAACUCCGAUGUGAUUUUGAGAUGUUUUGAUUCGCCACCGUUUGUGCCGCGGCCACUGCCUUGUGUUAGGGAACAAGUUAUAGGAUGGACGUAUUUUAGGAAAAGGAAGAGAUUAGUAUCGAAUUUGGAGUAUUGUUUGCCUAUGAGAAAGAGAUGCUAUUCACUAGGGUUUGAUGAGGAGCACGGACUAACUCCGAUGUUGACUACAAUGACUGGCGAGUUCCGGAAUGUGCAUAGUCAGUUUCCUACAAUGUUGCAGGGUAAUGAGAUACCUUCCAGCUCCUCACCGCCCUCCUUAUAUAAAUGGUCGGAACCAAAGAGUCUUACGUUUGGAACUUCAGUGUUUCCAAAGUUGAAUUCUGGGAAGUUAGCAUAUGAGGUUGAGAAUAAUGAAUGCACAAGCGGGGUUGGUUGUUUAGAGGAAAAAAUGUGUACAUCUGAUUUCCUGUUACCUGGAAGGUUUCCACAUAUACUGAGAACUACAGAAGCUGAAGGAAUGGUGCAUUCUUUUCCACAACCAAAGAUUUAUCUUCUACAGGAUACAAUGACUAACUCUGGAGAAAGUUUUAUUGGUAAUGUUGAUGUUGUAAAUAUUGUAGAUUCUGAUACAGCUAGUAUCAUACCCAGGUUAGAAGUAGAUGGUACAGAGAUGUUACAAACUGAGAACAAGAAUGUUGUUUGCGAGUCACUGAAUGAGGAUGAUAAUAGUACACGAAUGGAAAUCCUGCUACAUGAUUUUGGUGAAUGGGGGGGAGGCUGCAAGGAAAUUCCUUCUGCUAAAUCCAUCUCUAAUGAAGCGGCUGAUACAGAGCCUAAAAAGACUGCAGCCGAACCCAAUGAUGUGCAAUUAGAUGCAGUCACACCACAAAAAUAUCUCCUGCCAAGCCAGGGAGACUUGUUGAAUCAACUUACUAGAAGUAAAUCGAUAGCCAUACCUAGUAAGAACGAAAAGAAUGAUAAGAGAAAAACCAUCUCCCCAACGAAGGAGACCUACAAGUAUCUUCCUAAAAGGCAAGAGCAACAUGGAAGAAAUAAGGACCGAAUCUCAAACAAGCAAAAAGCUAAGGGCAAUAGUGACCAGAACUCAAAUGCUAAAGAAAGGGAGGCAGCGAUUGGAAAAAGGAAAAGGGAUCAUAAUGAGCAUAAACCGUUUCCAACCUUUGAACUGUUUACUGUGGAAGAAGAAGAGGGCUCAGGAGGUUUUGGCACUGUUUACAGGGCAAGAAGGAAAGCUGAUGGAGUACCAUUCGCCAUCAAAUGUCCUCAUGCUAAUGCCAAUAUCAAUUACGUUAACAAUGAGCUGAAAAUGCUGGAGCAAUUGAGGGGAAUGGACUGUGUGAUCAAAUAUGUAGGUUCAAUUAAAAGUGGGAACACUGAUUGCCUUGUUCUGCAGCAUGUUGAGCAUGAUAGGCCUGAGACCUUGAAGAAAGAGAUAAACAUUACUCAGCUGCAGUGGUAUGCCUAUGGCCUGUUCAAAGCACUUGCUGGCCUACAUAAGCAGGGAAUAGUCCACAGAGACGUUAAACCUGGCAACUUUCUUUUCUCCCGCAAGUUCAACGCAGGUUACCUUAUUGAUUUCAAUCUUGCGAUGGAUUUGAGCAAAAAACAUGGGACCGUUGGGGCAUAUAGUUCCAAGGCACGACAUAAUCGGAACAAUCAGAGUCCUAAAUCCCAUAGCAAACCUCUACCAUCCGAAAACAUCAAGUUAUUGAAUACAAGAAUUCCAGACGCUGUUAACAAGAAUACAGGAAAAGUCUCCAAAUCUGUUUUGCUACCUGUGGGCCUGAAAAAGAGGGUUGGCAAAGCAACAGCAAUCACCGACAGUAGCAGCAAAAAUAGCAUCAAAAGCCAUGGUGCAGAUGUCUCCGUGAUAACAUCUGCAAGGGAUGUCUCAAGCACAAGGACAUCAUCUGCAGAGAGGUUGAAAGAACCUUUACCUCAACUUGUAUCGAGCCGGGGCAGGGAGGAGUUAGUACGCAUGCUACAGGAAGCCAUGCAUGGUGGAAGUCAUACAUCUUCAAUUGCUGCAACAUCGAAACGGAAAAGAGUUGCUGCACCUCCUGCAGAUGCUAAAAGAAAAUGUUUUUAUCCAACCCCAAUGCCACUUUAUUCCAAUGGGCUCCCUGUUGGCACUACUGGAUUGCCAGAUGGCAAAGCUGAUGGGAAAGGCAAUCAAGAUGGUCCUUGUGCAGGAACUAAAGGCUUUAAGGCUCCUGAGGUAUUGUUCAGAUCUCUGCAUCAAGGCCUUAAAGUAGACAUCUGGUCUGCCGGCGUAACACUACUCUACCUGAUGACUGGACGGACUCCCUUUUUCGGCGACACUGAUCAGAACAUCAAAGCCAUUGCCAAAUUAAGGGGCAGUGAAGAACUCUGGGAAGUGGCAAAGAUACAUGGCCACGAAUCAUUAUUCCCAUCGGACUUGCUCGACAUCAAGUACUUAUCUCCUGCAAAGCUUCAAGAUUGGUGCAUGCGAAAUACACGAAAACCUGAUUUCGUGGAAGCCAUACCAAGAUCACUGUAUGAUCUUGUGGACAAGUGUUUAACCGUGAAUCCGAGGCAACGGAUCAGCGCCGAAGAAGCUCUGAGGCAUGAAUUUUUGGCUCCAUGCCAAGAGGCUCUGAUAAAGCAACGGAUGCAGAAGAAGGUACACAAUCCUGAGAGCUCUUUAACUACUAAUUGAGAUGAAAAUAUAGGUAAAAUGGCAUGAACUUGACUUUGAAAAAUCAAAACCAUUAUGAUCAUGAAAUACAUACUUUUACAUUGGAAAUGAUAUGAUUAGAUUUAGAGUGUGUUGUAGCAGCAGCAGUUAUAUGUUUGUAAUAUUUGUUAGUUUAUGACGACACACACGUUAUGAAAUCAGUUUUAAUGUAUGUAAGUUUUGUUUUGUAUCUUA